AUGUCGAGCGUGACGGGAGCGAGUAUGCUGCGUACGCGCAGGAAAGAUGUCAACAUCAAACCGAACCGGAAGUUGGACAGAAAGUCGUCACGUGGUAUGCUCUACGAGAACGAGGAGCUGCGCUUACGCACCAUCAAUAUAAAUGCAGAAGUUGAAAGAGGCCAAUCUGAUAUAAAAAAGUUGAAACGAGAAAAUGAGCAGCUCAAAAGGGAGAUAUCAGCUCUCCGAUACGAAUACGACAGGCUCGAUCGAAUGUUGCGCGAGCGCAGGUCCUCACCGGAACAUUCGGACUCUCAGUCUCAACACGAUGCUUACGAUUACGAUUCUGAAUAUCCUAACUGCGAACCUGAAAAUUACGAACCAGCCGACCAUAGCGACAGCGUGUCAGUGUGCAGCGCGUGCCCAGAGUGCGCGAGCGCAGACGGUUCUGUGCGCGCUGUUGCGUUUCAUGAUCUCAGUGUUGUGCCAGAGGAGGGAGAGCAGGAAAAUAAGAGUGGUGCUGCGACUCCCUGCACUUGCGAUGAAUGUCAAAAAGAUACUAAACGAGCGGAUGAGAAUAACCAAGCGAAUAAGAAGGAAGCGAUAACACCCAAAGAAACGACUCAGUCACAAAACAAUACGCAAACGACGCCAAAUAAGGCAGACAAUGCCUCUGACCGAACGGUCGACGUCCUAGUUCACGAUGCUCCCAAUAUGCCGAGAUAUUUCCAAUCAAUGACAUCACCUCCAUUUCAUGUAGCGGGUCCAGCUCCACCGGGGUUUGUCAUCGCCCCCUAUCAACCCCCUCGUUUCCACACAGGAGGCAACGUGGAAGAUUUACUUGGAGAUAUGCAAUCAACAGCAACGAUACAAACUACAUAUAUACAACAAAAUUCCAUAUUCAUGUGCAAUACAAGAAAUAUUGUCCAAAAUAAGUGUUGCUGUCAGAACCGCGAUUCAAACACAAAGACUGAACCCUGUCAAGACCAAACACCCAAAUGUUAUGUUACAGAGAAGAAUAUAGAACUAACGUAUGAUUAUCCCAGAACGAGACCCAUUCCAAGUAGUCCAAGUCAAAAAUCAGGAGAGGAAGUUCAAUCAACCACUACAGAAGUAGCAAGCACAGUCGUGUUUGUAGAAAAGAAAAUGCCGGUCAAGCCAAAGAAAUUUGACUUCUUCUUUCGAUCACGAUCUGCGCCAGUAGGUGAAAAUGAGGAGCCCAUAUAUGCCACAGUAAACAAACUACCCAAAAAAUUAAGAAGAAUGGAACUUGCAAACCUAGAAAAGGAAGUGGCGUAUAAAAACGGUGAAAUAGAUUCGUCUACACGAACCGAAAUUACCGUUAAAACAGACACAGAAUCUCAAGCGCCUCCUCCAGACGAUGAUACGAGUAGAUCAGAACGUGAAAAAUCAACGGUACCUCAGCGACAAGAAUCUCCAAAAGCGAAGAAACGAAAGCGAUUUUCACUAACAUUCAAAAAACGUGAAAGAAAAAGACGUGAAAAGAAAGAUGUUAAAAACGGGGUAAAGAAUGGAGUACCAGUUCAAGUGGAGAGUGAUAAUGAAAGGCUGAUAGAGGAGCAGGACGCGAAGCACAAACACUGCACAAGGCAUCGACCGGUGCCGCGGAACACCGUGUCGUCUUCGAGCUAUAGCCCGCGAUAUAAGCGGGAUAGCUAUCAGGAGAUGACCACAUCACACUCAGAGCACGAGAGGACUAACAGUGUAUGUUCGUCUGUCAACUCCUUAGGGUCAGCCUGUACUCACAAAUCUCGGAAACUGUCAGUGGCACCGCAGGACGGAUCUAUACCAUGGUGCGGGUGUUGGGGGGCGGGGUGUGUG